AUGGUUGUGGAGAGUGGAGCAAAGCAAUGUUUCAUUGAGCUUGCUAAAGCAAAUACCAGUGCUGAUUACAAUAAAGCAUUGAAAAUCACCAAUAAAGUGCUACGCACAUAUCCAAAGGAAACACUGGCAUUUAAAUGCAAACUAGUAGCACUCAUACAGCUUAGCCGAUUAGAUGAGGCGCUCAUUCUGAUCAAGAAGACUCCACCUCACCAUAUGGGAGAUAGUUUGUUUGAAAAAGCGUACGUUUUAUAUCGAAAACAGGAGGAUGGCGCCGCAUUAGAAACACUCAGUAAAGCUUCAGAAUGUGAUUACCGUUGCAUGGAACUGAAAGCGCAGUUACUUUAUCGUGCCGAACGUUUUGAUGAAGCUUUGGAAAUAUUUAUAACCUUAUUAAAAGAUUAUUCGGAUGAUUACGAUGAAGAACGUUGCGCCAACUUGAUCGCAACGAUUGCACAGUUGCAAGGAAGUGGUCACCAGCAGCAACUACCAUCACGUCUGGAUACAUUUGAGCAACUAUAUAAUGGUGCUUGCCAAUUGAUUGAGUCAGGUGGAUAUACUCAAGCGCUGAAAUUUCUUGAAAAAGCUGAAAAGUUAUGCAAUGAUACGUUAGUAGAGGAAGGUUUGUCAGAAGAAGAAAUCGAGGAGGAAUUAUCCGUGAUUCGAGUCCAAAAAGCUUUUGUUCUCCAGAUGCUGGGCAAAAGAGAUGAUGCAUUAAAAAUUUAUUUGCGAGUUCAAAAUCUUAAUCCAUCAGACAAAAGCGUUAUCGCAGUGGUUACAAACAAUAUACCAUCGUGUCGUAUGCAACAAAAUUUAUUAGAGGCACGAAAGAAGUUAAAAAUUGCACUGCAGGUGGAGAGUUCUAAGCUAACAGCUCGACAACGGCGUAUUCUUUUGUUAAAUCAGGCUUUGGUACAUCUUUAUUCAAAUCAGCGUGAACCUUGUCGUCGAACUCUCGAGGAAUAUAUCAAGAAAUAUGGUUCUUCUACCGAAGUGACGUUAAUAGAAGCGGCACUUCAUGUUCGUUCGAAAGAGCUCCAAAAAGCACUUGUGAUUCUCAAGGGUGAUCCCUCAAAAGAAGCAAAAUUGACAGCAGUGCAAGUUUUGCUUGAUGAAGGAAAAUUGGAAGAUGCUAGCAGUGCGUUGGACGAAGUAGCUCCAGAUUUGUUAUCUUACCCUGCAAUUUUGCAACUCAGGGUCGCUCUUCUUCUGGCUACAGAGCAGCAAAGUGUGGCCUUGAGUCUUCUAAAGUCUGCCUUGGAUUCGGCGAAAAGUGAGAAAGCUCGCAUCGCAAUGCUAGAGGAAAUUGCUUCACUUAAUGUUCAGUUAGGAGAUUAUCCUUCCGCUGCAGAAUGUUUCGAAAAACUUUCUGAACUUCGUCCCAAUGAUAUGCAGAUAAUGUGCUGUUUAAUCAAAGCGUAUUCAGCGUUUAAUGUAGCACGAGCUGAGGAGUUAUUAGCAAAAGUAUUUCCACAAGGGAGUAGUACUGAUAUUGAUGUCGACGUAUUGGAAGAUUCCGACUUUAUCUUAUAUGGUGAACGUUAUCGUCAGAAGAAAGAAACAAAAACAGAGGCUGCUGAUAGUGAAAUAAUUGCUAGUAAGAGGAGAGCACACAAACGUAAGCGAAAGAUCAUCUUACCGAAAAACUUCGACCCGAAAAUACCUCCUGAUCCCGAGCGGUGGUUACCAAAACAGGAACGUACAGCAUUUAGGAAAAAACUUAACAAAAAGCAUCGUGAUCGCGAUAUCGGUAAAGGCACACAAGGAGCAGUUAGCUCUUCUCCCAAAAUAGAACCAACGAUAACGACGAAAGCAAAUAAUUCACCGCAUCCGGCAGGUCCAGUGAUGGGUGUGGAAGGCCCACGUCAACAAAGACCAGCUGGUCAGCAACAAAAAAAGAAGAAAAAAAAAACGGGUAACAAAUGGUAA